AUCCACCCAUGACAUGACGUCACGGCGGGCUCUGACAAGCGCUGGUGCCGGAAGAAAAGAUGGCGGAUCGUGAGGAGCAGCUGUCCGAUGAGGAAAAGGUACGCAUAUCAGCCAAUUUUGUCAUCCACGCUCCACCAGGAGAAUUCAAUGAGGUUUUCAAUGAUGUGCGAUUGCUGCUCAACAAUGACAACCUUCUCCGGGAAGGCGCGGCGCAUGCAUUUGCUCAGUACAAUGUGGACCAGUUUACCCCAGUGAAAAUUGAUGGCUAUGAGGAACAGGUCCUGAUCACUGAGCACGGUGACCUAGGCAACGGCCGCAUUCUCGACCCCAAGAACAAGAUCUCCUUCAAGUUCGACCACCUGAGGAAAGAAGCCAGUGACCCUCGCUCCCACGACAGCGACAGCUCCAUCGAGCCCUGGAGGAGCGCCUUGGACUCGGCCGUCAGGGCCUACGUCAAGGAGCACUACCCCAACGGAGUCUGCACCAUUUAUGGGAAAACAAUUGACGGACAUAAAACUAUCAUCGUGUGCGUCGAGUGCCAUCAAUUUCAACCCAAAAACUUCUGGAACGGACGCUGGAGGUCAGAGUGGAAAUUCACCAUCUCUCCCUCUACCACCCAGGUGGCAGGCAUUAUGAAAAUCCAGGUCCAUUAUUAUGAAGACGGCAACGUCCAGCUGGUCAGCCACAAAGAGGUGCAGGAGGCCAUGUCUGUUUCUAAUGAAGCUUCUACUGCGAAGGACUUCAUAAAGAUCAUGGAGGCUGCCGAGAACGAAUACCAGACUGCGAUCAAUGAGAAUUACCAGACUAUGUCGGACACUACCUUCAAAGCCUUACGCCGCCAGCUACCCGUCACUCGCACCAAGAUUGACUGGAACAAGAUCCUGAGCUACAAGAUUGGAAAGGAGAUGCAGAAUGCCUAAAAAGCCCAGGAAAGCCAGACAAAUUCAGCCCCUUAACCCACCCAAGAAAAAGACGUCAACAUUGCAUGACUGGAUAGUUGUAUUGUCCAUGUAUGAAAAAUUGAUAAAACAGGCAAAAUUUAGGUUUGGUCUUCCACAAAGAUGUCACAUUACACUUCAAAUGUUCACCGUUGCUUAAAUUGUUGGGUUUAUUUUUUUCUUUAUGGAGAUGCUGUUGGAACCUCUGUAUAUGAAAUAUAAAAUCAUGAUCAUAUUGAUAACAAGCGUUUUUGGAAGGUAAUAAUAUAAGACAUAGGAGAGGGAACAGGAACUCGUAUGCAACUCCACCCUUAUGAUCACCUGUGCAAUAUUAACAUUUUCUAAAGGCUUCCCCUUAUGUUUGACCUGCUGGGGAAAAAACUAAACAAAAUUUGCGUUGGCAGGAAGAAUUAUAUAUAUAUAUAAAUGUCUAUUUUUUUCUUUGUUCAUAUAACACAUUGACUGAAAAAAUAAAACACUGUUUACAUUAGGUUACUGCCCCUUUGAUUUUAUUAAUUGUUUUAAGCAAAGGGUGUUGCGUUGAUGAGUUGGAAAGCACUAUUGACCGGCCAACCACCGCUCUUCCCAUUUGGUACAGCAGGGGGUGUCCACAUCGGGGCCAACAAAUUAAUUGGCUACCCUGAAUGCCACCCCUACUAUAUCUGGAAUAUAAAUAAAAUAGUACAUUCACGUAGUAUACCUAUAAUAAACAUUGUCCACAUUGCCCUGCGAGGCUGUGUGUUGUGGUCUGGUGCCCCCUCUGUUAGGUGUACCACUCAUACGUCAACCCUACUAAAUUAGUCCGGACACGCCCCUGGGUAGUGCUCAGUGUUUCCCAUACCUGACUUUUGAAGCUAAACUGCCUGUCAACGUAAAAUUCAGCCAAUUUAAUUCUUGAUCAGCACAUGGCGUUCUGACACCUUAACAAGCUUAAUUAACCAAUACUUAAUAGCGAAUUAACGUGCUUGAUGUCCAAUUUACAAUUGAAUGAUAAUUCACUCCCCUGCACAUUGCAUAUUUUUAUUAAAAUGAAUCCUUAAUGUAUAAUAAACCAAGGCACAUUGUAAUAUAUACUGUAUGAGACCUAUUUGUUGGUUUGGUGAUUUAUUCCAUGAGAUUAAUUGUAAUUCAAUCACAAUUAUGUUGCAUUAAAUGACAAAUUUUCUAAC